CUCAAAAGACAUGUCAGAGAGAGGAUACAGCCGGGAUACAACGCAGUGCCGCGUGAAAAUCAAGGAGCUGAGACAAGGCUACCAGAAGACCAAAGAGGCAAACGGACGCUCCGGAUCCCAUCCCCAGACAUCCCGUUUCUACGAGGCACUGCAUUCCAUCCUCGGUGCGGCCGCCACCACUACCCCACCACUGACCGUGGACUCUGAGGAUGGGAUAUUGUCCACGGCCGGUUCCUCGGACAUGUUAGCGGACGGGGAAGAUGAGGAAGGAGAUGAGGAGGGCGAGGCAGUCGGCAGCGCUCACAACACUGAUUUCCCCGACAGCCAGGAUCUCUUCAUCACCCUUACAGAGAUCCCCUACGAAGCGUCCCCAGCCGUUACCCCGGACACAGAAUCUGGGGAAGGAUCAGCCACCACAUCUGCGACUGUCUCACAACCUAGCCUGGCAUCACACUCCCAGAGGCUAGCGAAGAUUAGGCAUAGGAAGAAGAGGACACGGGAGGACAUGUUCUCUGAACUUAUGGCCUGUUCCCAAGCCCAGGCAGCACAGCAGACCCAGUGGCGGGAGAAAUUGACCCAAAUGCAGCAAGCAAACAUGGAUCGGGAGGAGAGGUGGCGGCAGGAAGACCAGCAGGCGACUCAAACGCUGCUUGGACUACUGAGGGAGCAAACAGACACGCUCCGGCGCCUUGUGGAUGUUCUGCAGGAACGGAGGCAGGAGGACAGAGCCCCGCUGCAGUCCAUCUCUAACUGCCCUCCCCCGCCACCAAGUCCCAUACCCACCUCACCCAAAGUGCAAAGAAGGAGAGGCGGCAGAGUCCCUGCUAACUCUCACUCCACCCCUGCAGAGAGCUCUAGUAGCAGAAGGCUCUCAUUCCCCAAAACUUGAAAAGUUCUUUCCUUCCCGCCUGACACAAGCCCCCGUCCAAGUUUCACCUCCCAGUUCCAUGUGUAGUUGAUAAUAAAAAAUACGUUCAUGUUAAGUACUGUUUCAAUGAUGUUCUUUUGGAGGAGGAGGGGAAAGGGGGUUGGUAAUGGGACAG